GACUCCGCAACAGCCCAGACCCACCGGUCCUCCAGGGCUAGAAGCGCUCCUGACACAAACGCAGGCGUUCGCUGGUCCUAAUGUCAGUCAAGGACAACAUGGGGCCUGCCCCCACACAAGGCUUCACCACGGCACCUGCCAGUGACUUCGGAGAGAUCCACAACUGGAACGAACUGCUCUACUUCUUCAACCACACUUUGCCUGAGUGCCACAUGGAGCUCAGAGAGGACACCAAGCAGGUGAUCCUCUUUGUCCUCUACCUGGCCAUCUUUGUGGUGGGGCUGGUGGAGAACCUCCUGGUGAUCUGUGUCAACUGGCGCUGCUUGGGCCGUGCAGGGCUGCUAAACCUCUACAUCCUCAACAUGGCCAUAGCAGACCUGGGCAUCGUCCUGUCUCUGCCCGUGUGGAUGCUGGAGGUCAUGCUGGACUACACCUGGCUCUGGGGCAGCUUCUCCUGCCGCUUCACUCACUACUUCUACUUUGCCAACAUGUACAGCAGCAUCUUCUUCCUGGUGUGCCUCAGCAUCGACCGCUACGUCACCCUCACCAACACGUCGCCCUCCUGGCAGCGCCACCAGCACCGAAUGCGGCGGGCCGUGUGUGCGGGAGUCUGGGUCCUCUCGGCCAUCAUCCCGCUGCCCGAGGUGGUGCACAUCCAGCUGGUGGAGAGCUCCGAGCCCAUGUGCCUCUUCAUGGCGCCCUUUGAAACCUACAGCACGUGGGCCCUGGCGGUGGCCCUGUCCACCACCGUCCUGGGCUUCCUGCUGCCCUUCCCGCUCAUGGUGGUCUUCAACGUGCUGACAGCCUGCCGCCUUCGGCAGGCAGGAUGGCCCGAGGGCCGGCGCCACUGCCUUCUGGUGUGUGCCUAUGUCAUCAUCUUCGCCGUCUGCUGGCUGCCCUACCACGUGACCCUGCUCCUGCUCACACUGCACGGGACCCACAUCUCCCUUCACUGCUACCUGGUCCAUCUGCUGUACUUCUUCUACGACGUCAUUGACUGCUUCGCCAUGCUCCACUGUGUUGUCAACCCUCUCCUUUACAACUUUCUCAGCCCGAGAUUCCGGGACCAGCUGCUGAGUGCUGUGGUCCAUUACCUUCCCAAGGCCCGGGCCAGGGCGGACAGACGUGCUUCCUCGUCUUCGUCCUCCACUCAGCAUUCCAUCGUCAUCACCAAGGACAGCAGCCAGCCCGCUGCAGCAGGCCCCCAGGACCACCAAGCCUGAACUUUCAGGCGCCAACUACCUCACCCAUCUCCGCCCCUCAGUGUCUCCUAGGAGGCUGAGGUAGACCCCACUCUCCAUCGGUGAAGUAGAAAGCUGCAGGUGUAGGUGAGAGAUUUUGGGGGGAGUAGGGGGAAAGGGUUAAAACGCACACGGUCAAUUUUGAGUAUGUCUUAAAAAAUUGAGAUGGGGAGGAGGAGAGGGGCAGGGAGGAGCAGAGAACGGGUCUUUGGUGUUGUACUGUUUGUCUCGGUCCUCAGGACCAAAGAAGACACUCAGGAAAAAUGGUGAAAUAAAUAACAGAGACAGCCAUGA